UCUCCAAUCAAUAAUGGAAAUAAUCCUUUUCCUCUCCCACCUCCUUCCUCUUCUACUUCUUCAAUUAUUUUCCUCUUCAGCUUACAAUCCUCCUGAUAAGUAUUUCCUCAACUGUGGAUCAAAAACUGUGACCGAACUCAGAAACAACAGACGGUUCAUCGGUGACGCCAAGGCCAGACAUUGGUCGAUCUACCCCGGAAAAAGCAAGAAAGUUAAGAACGACACCAUCCUAAAAUCCGUAAAUGAAAUAUACGGAACAGCAAGAGUUUACAAUAAGCCAACAUGGUAUGUGUUUGGGGACAUCGAUCCAAAUGGAACGUAUGUGGUUCGUCUCCAUUUUUUCCCAACUUUACCUGAAAUCAUGUCUCAAGCUAAGUUUAAUGUGUCAGUUAGUUGCGGGUUUCAAUUGUUAUCAAAUUUCUCAAUUGGAAAUGAUUUGAAGACAGCAGUUGUUAAGGAGUUUACUUUUGAGAUUGAAGAAAGGGCUUUCGGGAUCAAAUUUUCUCCUAUGGAAUCGUCUAUGGCUUUUGUGAAUGCCAUUGAACUAUUUCUUGUUCCUGGUGACAUCAAACCAGAGUCGGCUUUCCCUAUUUCUCCGGAAGUAAGAAUGAACGGGACGAAGUAUUUUUUGGAUUCCCAAGCAUUCCAAUCUGUUUACAGAGUGUGGAUGGGACAUUGGGAGAUCACACCAGACUAUGACACAUUAUGGAGAAUCUGGCUCCCAGGUUCUAAAUUCAUGGCUCCUCAAUCCCUUGCAACAACCUUCAUCUACGAUAAAAGAUUAAAAUACACCGGAGACGGACAAAUCUAUGUAGCCCCGAGUUCCGUUUUCACUACUGCAAAAACAUUGGAUUUGGACACCACCACCAGCUCAAGAAAUUUAAAUCUAACUUGGUGUUUUAAGUUGAAGAAGAAAUCCAAGUAUUUUCUUCGCUUACUAUGGUGCAACAUCUUUCCAAAUUCCACAACUUUCAAUUUUAAUCUCUUCAUUGGCGUCAAUCACACUUCGUUAAAAAACACGGAUGUAACUGAUCAAAAUUCGUCUGGAUUGCCAUUUUGGUACGAGUUUAUCAUUGCCACAGAUAGUUCGGGGUUUUUCAAUGUGGGUAUAGCCGUCAAUAAAAAAGAUCCAUUAUCAAGGGUAUUCUUAAAUGGAAUUGAGAUUAUGGAGUUAAUUGAUAAAUCGUUUGUGGGUGUUGUUGAUUUGAGGAUAGAAGAGGAGAAACAGAGUCCCAAGAUGAUUAUUGUUGGGGUUUGUAUUGGUGGUGUUGUGAUUAUUAUUGCUUUGAUAAUUGGAUUGGCUAUGUUUUGUUUCACUGGAGAACAGAAAUCAAAAGAACAUAGCCCUUUGCUUCUUUCUCAAAAUGAUCCGUCGUCCAAGAAGAUCGAGUCGAUUGCGGAUCUUGCUUCUAAUUUGAAUCUUGAAUUGAAGAUACCAUUUGAGAUACUAAAUGAUGCAACUGAUGCAUUCGAUAAUGACAAAAUAAUUGGUAUUGGAGGUUUUGGAAAUGUUUAUGUUGGGAAGAUUGGGGAGAAAGAAGUAGCUGUGAAGCGAAGUCAGCCUGGACAUGGACAGGGUAUCAAGGAGUUUCAGACAGAGAUCGCUAUAUUUUCCCAAAUACGCCAUCGUUUUCUAGUUUCAUUAUACGGGUACUGUGACGAAAACGAAGAGAUGAUCCUGGUUUACGAAUACAUGGAUGGUGGAAAUUUAAGAGAUUAUUUAUACGGUUCAAAAGCAAAAGAUCAUGUUCCAUUGUCAUGGAAGAAAAGGCUUGAAAUUUGCAUCUGUGCAGCAAAAGGGCUUGAUUAUCUACACACGGGCUCCAUUGCGGGCAUCAUCAUACACCGAGACAUUAAAACGACAAACAUCUUGCUCGACAAAGACUUAAAUGCAAAGGUUGCUGAUUUUGGGAUAUCAAAGAUUAGAGUACCGGACGCCGCUGAAUUGGACAACACUAUUAGAGGCACUUACGGAUAUAUGGACCCAGAAUACCUAAGCACCGGAAAGUUGAAAGAAAAAUUUGAUGUCUACUCGUUCGGUGUCGUGCUUUUCGAAGUUCUCUCGGCCAGAGCUCCGAUAAAAAAGUCGGUUCCAAGUGAAGAGACAUACUUAGCAGACUGGGCAAUUCUAUGUAAAAACAAAGGAGAGAUUGAAAAAUUGAUUGAUCCUUUUCUUGUUGGAACCAUCGAUGCGAAUUCGCUGAGCAAAUUCGUGGACGUUGCGGAGAAGUGUGUGGAUGAAGUUGGGGCGAAUAGGCCCUCAAUGCGCGAAGUGGUGAAUGAUUUGGAAUUAGCUUUGCAGUGUCAGUUAACGCCUGUGGGGCUGGGUAGGGAACAUGAGGGGAUCAGUACCACCGUUGUUGAAGGUCCAUUGAAGAUUGAUUAA